AUGGCAGCGAAGGGCCAUUCGCUGCGCGAUCGCCAGAUCUCGGCGCUGAAGAAGCUGCUCAGCUUAAACGACAACAUCAACGAGACCGAGGCCGAAGCUAACCAGACCAACGGCGGCGCACUUGGACCCGCGGGCUCCAUCAUAACUUCUGAUGGCGAUCCUCUCUGGAAGGUCCUCGUCUUUGACGACCUUGGCCGAGAUGUCAUCAGCAGUGUCCUUCGGGUAAGCGACCUUCGGGCGCUAGGAAUCACAAUGCACAUGCAUAUCGGUGCCUCUCGACACGCGAUUCCGGACGUACCAGUCAUCUACCUUGUCGAACCCACACCGCAGAACCUACAGAACAUCACGAACGAUCUCCAGAAGGGCCUCUACUCCCCUGCUUACCUGAAUUUCCUCUCCUCCAUCCCUCGGCCACUCCUUGAGGACUUCGCCGAGCAAACGAUAACCGCUGGCACGUCAGAGAGCAUAGCCAAGCUGAUGGACCAAUAUCUAAACUUCAUUGUCGCCGAACCAGACCUCUUCAACCUGGGCAUGCAACGAGACCACACGUACUGGGCGCUGAAUAGCGCGACAACACAAGAUGAGGAGCUGGACAGAGUUGUGGAUAGGAUUGUCAGCGGCCUGUUCAGCGUCAUUGUUACCAUGGGUGUCAUUCCAAUCAUUCGAUGCCCCAAGGGCGCCGCGGCCGAGAUGAUCUCUGCGAAACUCGACCGAAAACUGCGCGACCACAUCCUCAACUCGAAAGAAAACCUAUUCUCCUCCAGCGCCCGCCCGGCAUCAUCUGCGGGCACCCCGACCUCCCGACCCGUCCUCAUCAUUCUCGACAGAAACGUCGACUUAAUACCUAUGCUUUCUCAUUCUUGGACCUACCAGUCUCUGGUCCACGAUGUUUUGAAUAUGAAAUUGAACAGAAUCACGAUAGAGACGCCCAUAGACGAAACCAACCCUGCCAAGGGAACCACCAAGAAGGCUUACGAUUUGACGUCGAGCGAUUUCUUCUGGGCCAAGAAUGCGGCCGUGCCGUUUCCUCAGGUGGCCGAGGAUAUUGAUGCCGAGUUGACACGUUACAAGGAGGACGCGGCGGCGGUGACGAAGAAGACUGGAGUAACGGACUUGGAAGACUUGCAGAAUGAUACCAGUGCCAGCGCGCAACACCUGAAGGCUGCCAUUACCCUUCUGCCGGAAUUGCGGGAGCGCAAGGCGGUCCUCGACAUGCACAUGAAUAUCCUGGCAGCCCUUUUGACAGGUAUCAAGAACCGCCAACUGGACAACUUCUUCCAAAUCGAGGAGGAUGUUAUGAAGCAGACCAAGCCGCAAAUACUAGAGCUCAUCAAGGACAGCACCAAGGGAGACCAGCCUCUGGACAAGAUGAGACUAUUCGUCAUCUGGUACCUCAGCACCGAGCAAGAUGUCAGUCGGUCAGAAUGGGAGAGCUUUGAGAAGGCCCUCACCGAGGCCGGUGCCGACACAACCUCUCUUCCUUAUAUCCGACAAGUCCGCGCCACAACCAAGAUGACACAGCUCACCACUAUCUCCAAUCCUCAACAAAACCAGGCCGCCUCCUCCGAUCUCUUCGGCCGCUUCUCUUCCAUCUCCAACCGCCUCACCGACCGUCUCAAGGAAACGGGCGUCCCCACUGGACUGUCCUCCAACUUUGAGUCACUCAUUGGCGGCAUCAAAAACUUCCUCCCUGCCAACCGCGACCUUACCAUCACCAAAAUUGUCGAGUCCAUCAUGGACCCCUCCGCUGCCGCAAGCUCCGCCAUCGCCAAGACGGAGAGCUAUCUCUACUUCGACCCUCGCUCUGCCAACGCUCGUGGCACCAUGCCCCCGCCAAGUUCCAUCCGCGCCGGCGCCGGCUCGAACGCCCCCGGCGGCUUGCCGGGUCAGAACAUGGGUCAGGCUCCUGGCAGUGGCGCCAGCUUCGGCCAGCGCCGCCAAGGGUACUCCGAGGCCGUCGUCUUCACCGUCGGCGGUGGCAGCAUGGACGAGUACGGUAACUUGCAGGAGUGGGUCGAGCGGACGGGCGGCGACCGCGCCAGGAGGCGUGUCGUGUAUGGUAGCACGGAAAUGCUUAACGCCGACGAGUUCAUCAAGCAGGAGCUGGAGAGGCUGGGUAAGGAGGUGGCGUCCUAG